GCGGCAACGAUAACAAGAACGACGCGAAAGGUAGUUAACGACUUGACAAGGGGAGCCGCCGCCGCAACAACAACAAGCAGAACAGCAAGAACAAGAAUAAGAAUAACAAAACAACGUUGCGUGGCAGCCGAAAGAGCGAGGGAGAGAGGGAGAGCGAGCGAGAGAGAGAGCUGCAAUGUUCAAAAGCUGAGAAACAAGAAACCGAGAACCGUGAGAGAGGAACAGGUUCUCUGCAUCAGCAUCAGUAGCGGCAACAGCAACAGCAACAGGCAGCGGCAAGCGGCAUUAGGAUCUGCAUAAAGGGAAACCAGAGAUAAGAUCAAUUUGCAGUGGGAUAGACAGAGAGUCAGUCAGUCAGUCAGUCAGUCAUACGAUGCCACUGCCCCUACUCCACCUCCUCGUGGUGCUGCUCCUGCUGGUGUGCCCGUUGCCACAUACCACCAGGGCCAUAAUGUUCCCCAGCAACAGUUCCGUGGCCAGCUCCAGCUCAGCGCCAGAGAUGCCGCCACCCACAUUCCGGCAAUGUGAAACGAUUCGGAUUGAGAUGUGCCGCGGCAUCGGCUACAAUGAGACCUCCAUGCCCAAUCUGGUGGGCCACGAGCUGCAGACGGAUGUGGAGUACACGCUGCAGACAUUCGCGCCGCUGAUCGAGUACGACUGCAGCUCCCAGCUGAAGCUGUUCCUGUGCGCCGCCUAUGUGCCCAUGUGCACGCCCAAGGCGCCGGUGCACGCCAUCGGCCCGUGCCAGAGUCUGUGCGAAUCGGUGCGGAUACGCUGCCAUCCCGUGCUGCAGGGCUUCGGCUUCCCCUGGCCGAAGGCCCUCGACUGUGAUCGCUUUCCCAGGGAGAACAACCACGAGACCAUGUGCAUGGAGGGGCCCGGUGAGCUGCACUUGCCCAUGCAGGAGCAUGAGCUCUACGGACCGGUGGCUGCUGGUGGAGGCAACAUCGUCGGCAAACUGCCGCUGGACUGUUCGGGCUUGGGCAAGUCCCAUUUGUAUGUGAAGCUGCCACGCUCCGGUCGCUGUGCACCGCUCUGUGAGGCGGAUAUUCUGUUCACGCCCAGCGAGAAGCAUCUGUCCGAGAUCUGGGUCUCCACCUGGGCCUAUGCUGCCCUCGGGCUGGCCUUUGUGGCCACGCUCUGCCUGCUGGUGGGCGAUGACAGCCGCUUGGCCAGUGCCAAGUGGUCGCGCCUGCUCACACCUUCGAUUUGGUGCCACAACAUGGUGACGAUCGGCUGGACCGUGCGCUUCAUUGUUGGUCGCACGGGCACCGCCUGCGGCACUGAUCCCCAGGCGCCCAACGAGUCGCUCCUCAGCGUGGACGGGCUCUCCAAUGCGGCCUGUGCGAGCGUCUUUCUGCUGCGCUACUACUUUGGCAUGGCUGCCUGUGCCUGGUGGGCCAUUCUAUGUCUGGGCUGGCAUCGUGAUAUACGCCGCCACAGUCCCGAUGCCAAGGGGCACGUGGUCAUUCCCGUCAGCCACAGGCUGGCUGCCAAGGUGAGCGCCCAUCAGAAUCUGGCGCAGAAUAAUUUCGUUUGCUUUGUGGCCUGGGGCCUGCCCGCCUUCCAAACGGCCGCCGUCAUUGUCUUUCGCUACGUGGAUGCCGACGAAUUGUUGGGCGCCUGCUUUGUGGGCAAUCAGUCGGACAGGGCGCUGCAGGUGCUGGUCGCGACGCCUGUGUUUAUUUACUGGAUCUUUGGCUCGAUGAAUCUGAUAUCCGGCUACCUGGUGCACUGCCGCAACAAGGAGAUUCUGCGCAACACCAACGCGCUGAGCGUGCAGCAGCAGCUGCAGCAACUGAGCGCGCACAGCAGCUCGGGCAUUGGCAUCUUUCUGUUCAUCUAUGGCCUGGCCAGUGCCCUGCUGCUGCUGGCGGUGAUCUACGAGUUUGCCAACAUUGACAUCUGGCUGAGUUCGGGCGAGACGAGCACGCCGCUGUGGCCCUUUCUGGUGCGCGCCUUCAUGGAGCUGAUGCUGGGCAUUUGCUGCUUCGCCUGGGUGCUCGGCCCCAGCAUAUCCACCAUGUACAAGCGACAGCUAUCGCUGCGUCCGCACAAGCACUCCAAUCCGACAGCCCAGCAGCUGCAGAUGCACCAUUUGGAUGGCCAGAGCAGCUCCCGGGUAUCCCAUGCCGCCUGCAGCAGCACCGUUGUCUCCUACCAUUCGGUGCGACCCUCGCAUCAAUCGAUGGCCAGUGCCCCGCUGCCCAGUCCGUACAAGCACAAGUCCCCACCGCCCGGCGCUGGCUCCAUUUCGCUCAAUCAAAUAUCAAACUACACUCUAGGUCGGAACAGUGGCUCCCAUCAUCAUCAUCAGCAGCAGCACCACCACCAUCAUCAUCGUCAGAGUCCACAGCAACUGCAGCCAUUACACCAUCAUCAUCAGCGACAGCAGCAGCAGCAGCCGCACAACUCGUCCUCCUCGCAUCGUUUAUAUUAUCCAGCGGGCAGCCAGAAGUACAGCCACAGCAAUUACUAUGCCCAAAUGCAUCGCUAUGGGGAUGAGACGUUGCUUUGAGCAGGCAGCCAACCAACUAACUAGCUAGAAGAAAGGAUUAACUAAAUUAUAAUUUGGAAAUUGUUACAUCAAUGGAUCGGUUCAUUCAUUGAGUGCUAGUCAAAAUCAAUGCGUUUCGCCUCAAUCCCUACUUUGUUGUACUGUGUAAACGUCCCCACAAAUUAAGGAUCCUCCUUACGUAUUCCUACUCGUAUUCCUUCCCUUUCUUCGGUGUUGUACUUAAUUCGUAAACCAUUUCUUGCCUUGCCUAACGCAGCAACCAACUACUGUGAUACGCGCAUGUUCAAUGUUCAGACUUUGCUGUGUCCUGCCGCCUGCACGACCCCAUCCUACCACAAAUCGAACCCCUCCCCCACGAGCCGUAAGUGUACUUAAUGGGAAGGCAAUUGUAUUAAUUGUGUAAUGCUAGCAUUAAUAUUCCUAAACUGUAUUCAGUGUGCCAUUAGCUUUAAGGGGUAAAACAAUAUACAAUAAAUAUAUUAAAUAUACUACUAUAUACCUACUAUAUACCUACUAUGUAUACCAUUUUAUGUACAUCUUUGAUAUAAUUCGCACACACUAACAAUU